AGAAGAAUCGGGUAUGCCUGUGAGAAACUUGUUGGUGGAGGGAAGUUAUGUUCGCCAUACAAGUGUGGGAACGGUGGGAAUUGUACAGAGAGUGGAUGCAACUUCUAUUGUUCGUGCCCUCCUGGGUUUGGGGGAUCGGUUUGCGAAAUAUCUCUUCAACGAAACUCAGGGAUGAAGUUUAUUGUCUACGUCCUACCGGCUGUAGUGGUUACUGUUGUCUUGAUAUGUUUCGCGGUUCUUGGGAUAUUCAUUAAACGAAGACGCAACAAAGAUUCAGAAACCAUCGAAGAAUUUGUUCCUGACUUAAAUAAUGAACAUCCUUACCAAGAGGUGGAUUUCUCCCAUGAAGCAGUUUAUGCAAACGUCAUCAACGAAGGUCAAGGCGGCAAGUGUCGAAGUGUUAAAGUGUCGAAGUUGACAUCCAUGUUAAAGGGAUUGUUCAACGAUGGUAGCAAUAAUUCCUUGAGUAAGGAAUUUAAAGAGUUGACCGAAAACAGUGAAAGAUUCGAAACAUCCGUCGCUUCUUUACCUGAAAACAAACCAAGAAAUCGCUUCAAGAAUAUUCUGCCUUAUGAUCGUACACGAGUUGUGCUCUCAGAUAAGGAUGGUUACAGUGAUUACAUUAAUGCAAACUACAUAGACUGUUACAAAGACAUCAAGAAAUAUAUCGCCACUCAAGGCCCUCUACCUAAAACUGAAGAAGAUUUCUGGCGUAUGAUAUGGGAGGUUGAGUCCACUAUUAUCGUGAUGCUGACCAACCCUGUUGAAAACGACAAGAAAAAAUGUCACAAGUAUUGGCCUGACUGCAACAAAGAUAAAUGCUUCACCUCCUUGCACGUUACAUGCACUAGCGAUGAAACGUUCGGUUGUUUUAUUAAGAGGACAUUUCAAGUUAAUUGUUUUGAUGAGAGCCGGGUUAUCACACAGUUCCAUUACACAACAUGGCCCGACCAUAGUGUACCACAUGUCACAUCAGGGUUGCAUAGAUUCAAACAAGCAGUGCAAGAUGAGCAUGCUGAUGGUAAUCGACCUAUUGUUGUUCAUUGCAGCGCUGGUGCAGGUCGUACUGGAACCUUCAUAGCCUUUGAUAGUUUGUGUAUGGAGAUGAAGGAGAGUUCAACCAUCAAUGUUUACGAAACUGUGUUGAGUUUAAGGAAGCAAAGGAUGGAGAUGGUUCAAACACAGAAACAAUACAAGUUGCUGUACAAACUAUCAGCGGAGGUUCAUGUGCUUGGUUCAUCAGAUAUUCUCCUCAUGAACAUUGAAGCCAAGGUUAAGGAGUUGGAGAGGAAAGAUGGCAAGGAGUCUGGUUUCGCUCUUGAGUUACAAAAACUUGAAUCCCUUCAGUUUGAGGAACACCAACUAGAAUACGCUGUUGAGAACAAUGACAAUGACAUCAUUGUACCAUACGAUCAUUCACGAAUUACUCCUGGGGUGAUUGGCUCUGCUUCUUACUACAAUGCUUCGUACAUUGAGGGUUACGGACAAAAUGAAUUGCAGUUCAUUGCGGCCAAGGGUCCCACAAAACACACGAAGGAAAACUUUUGGUCGGCUCUUUUAUCAAACCAGGUGCAUACCAUUGUCUCCCUGAGAACAAUUGAUGAGGAAAACAACCACAGGUGGUUCCCCACUUUAGAAAGUCCCUGUUUGAAAUAUUGUGACGUCACAAUCAAUUUGUUGGAAGAGGUCGAAACAGGAAGUGACGUCAUUGAACGUAAACUGGAAAUUUGUCAAGGGAAAAGUUUGAAGUUGGAGAUGGAUUUUUAUCAACUAGUUAGUUGGUCGGUUGAUACUGUUCCUAACAACGCCCAAGAUGUGAUCCAACUUAUAAAGAAGAUACAAGAAUCCAGGAAUGAUAAGAAAGGGAAGGUGGUGGUUUAUUGCAGCGAUGGUGGCAGCCGCACGGGAGCGCUCUUGUGCGUCUUAAACUUGAUGGAAAGAGCGAAGGUUGAAGGAAAGGUUGACGUUGUUCGUGAACUGAAUGACAUGAGGAGCAUGCGAAGGGGAAUGGUCUGUAGUGAGCUUUUGUACAGAUACAUUUAUUAUUGUAUGAUGGAGUUCGCCGCAUCAUUUAGUGCCUACGCCAACUUUAAAGGAUGAUUACUGCUUUGUGGUUGUAGAAAAACAAAAGUAUCGAACUAUAUACAAAGCCUGGUAACCACGUAUAUACAAUGGUAAACAUUCAGUGUUAUUUUAAAACGUUUCCUAAUAGUUUUAACUGCCCAUUUUUUGUUUGAAUCUUUGCAAUCCAUAAGUAUAAGCACUUUACAACAUUAUAGUUAUCUUUAUGUUUGAUAAUUUUGUACUAUUUAAUUUGUAACGCAUUGACAUGACUUUGUUUGAUAGGUAUAGUAACCACGCUUUUAACCGUCUAAUUGAAAAUAUGAUUUAUACAUAAGCGUGUUUUACAACUGUCGUUUUGUCGCUAUAUUCCACCUUGUGUUUUAUGCGUUAUUGAGCACGGUAGUGGUCAUAUAGAUCCUUUUUCGUCGAACAGUUGUUCUUGUUAUUAGGGCGAUUGAUUUCCGCAAUUAUCUCAAUUCUCAAUUCUAGCAUUUAUUCUUUAAUCUAUUGAUUGAAAUCAAAUCAUAUAAUAUAUUUAUAAUUUUUAGGCUAAAUUUUUAGAUUGAAAACCGCACAAUUAGCGUGUGUGCACCGAAGCGUAUAGACGAGUGCCUUUUUCCUAUCGUUAUCUUCGGUAUAAACACCGCGUCUCUCGUUUCUUCGCGCUUUUAGUCACCAAUGGCUUUGUUGGUUACUUUUGAUUUGUUUUUGAUCGAUCUCAGUCGACCAUUGUAGUAAUAGGGUUAAUUAAUACUAUGCUAAUUAGUUUAUACCGUGCUCACGCAUUAGAUCUGUGUGAUCUCUUGUUCUAUCGUAAACAAGAGACAAAUAACAAAGUUACGUUAUGUAUACAAUAAACAAAGUUAUGCUAUGUGUAUAUGGCAAACUUUGCGCAGCCCCUUCCACUGAACCUAGUUUUCCACGAAGGCAAAACAGCUUACAUAUUAAUAUAGUGUUGAUGAAUAUUGUAUAUUUAUGUUGUAUUGAAUCGAUGUAUGUUUUCAAUCACAAAAGCGCGGCAAAAUGCAAGUUAUUAUUAUUUUGAACAAACUU